AGUAAAAAAUAAUAAAAAGCAAGCAAUCCCAAUAAGGCCCUCCUCGGAGAAACAUUACCUUUGUCCUCUGUUGGCUCCGACUUGUCAUCAAUUUCUACUCUGAAACCCUAAUUUAUACUCCCAACCUAUAAACGAAGAAGAAUCACAUCCAGUUGAUUUAAAGUCUUUCAAUUGAUUGCAGUUAGCCCCAAGAUUUUGCAGGUUUUUCAGCCAUGGACGCUCAGAGAGCUUUGUUGGAUGAACUGAUGGGCUCAGCUCGGAAUUUAACUGAAGACGAGAGGAGAGGGUUCAAGGAAGUGAAAUGGGAUGACAAGGAAGUCUGUGCAUUCUAUAUGGUUCGAUUUUGCCCUCACGAUCUGUUCGUGAAUACUCGUAGUGAUUUGGGACCCUGCUCGAAAAUUCAUGAAGCGAAGUUGAAGGAAAGUUUUGAGAAAUCUCCAAGACAUGAUUCUUAUGUUCCCAAGUUUGAAGCAGAACUAGCCCAUUUUUGUGAGAAAUUGGUGAUGGACUUGGAUAAGAAAGUGAGGCGUGGUCGAGAACGCCUUGCUCAGGAGGUUGACGUUCCCCCACCUCCUCCAAUAUCAGCAGAAAAAUCUGAGCAGCUGUCUGUCUUGGAGGAGAAGAUUAAGAACUUGCUAGAACAAGUGGAGUCUCUUGGUGAAGCUGGAAAAGUUGAUGAAGCUGAAGCUCUGAUGAGAAAGGUGGAAAUGCUUAAUGUUGAAAAGACUACCUUGACUCAGCAAUCCCAGCAGAACAGUGCACUAAUGAUUGUACAAGAGAAAAAGAUGGCUCUGUGCGAGACAUGUGGUUCCUUUCUUGUUGCAAAUGAUGCUGCAGAGAGAACUCAGUCUCACGUCACUGGUAAACAGCAUGUUGGUUAUGGGAUGGUUCGAGAUUUCUUAGCUGAGUACAAGGCUGCUAAAGAGAAGGCUUGGGAAGAGGAAAGGUUAGCCAGGGAGAAAGAAGCAGAAGAAAGGAAAAAGUUGAGGGAGAAAGAACAUGAUAGCAGACGACGAAGAAGUGAGUCAUCUGACAGGGACAAGCACAGAGAUCAAGAUCAUGACAGGGAACGGGAUCGCUACCGGGGAAGAGAUCGCGACCUUGACAGAAAUGGCAGAGGAGGGCGUGAUUUUGAUAGGGGAUCAGGUUGGAAACAUGGGAGUUCCAGGAAUGGGAGAAACAGAAGCAGGGAGAGAUACCGGGGACGUGAUAGAAGCCGGUCACGGUCUCCUAUUAGACAUGGUUCCAAGAGGUCCAGGAGUCCAGUUCACAAGUACUAGAGGAUUAUAAAACGUAGAUGUCUGAACUUUGAAAAUUUGAAGAGAGGGUUCUGAUCCCCGCUCAUCUGGGGUCACCUAUUCUCAUGAAGUUAAAAAAACAGAUUCAUUAGUUAUGCAUGGAUAAUGCUGCUAGAGGGAGAUCGUUGGAUGGUUAUUCCUUGAGUGAGGUAACAAAUUUUAUUAAUUCCGGAUUGCGGAAUGAGUUGCUGACCAUGGUUGGUUUAGUUCCUUUUAUCUUUUGGUCAUUCAGAUGAUAAAACAGAAUCUUUUUCAUUUGGUUAUUCAGAUGGCUCUAGUGUUAAUUGUUAUUGCAUAUUUGGCGUGUCAAUGAGCUCAUGAAUAUAUGAAAGGCUCCAUGUAGUUUGUCUCUCAUCCGAGCUCUGAUAGGUAACCCUCUAUUUUGACUUACUUACCGUCCCUCUUGUGUAUAGAGCUGUCUGUAUUCAUGCAGGCACCAUUGUGGACAUAAGGCAGCUAAUGAUUCUAAUGUGCAAUCAACAACUCAUCAUUCAAUAGGUAAUAAUUGUCAUCAACACUAAACACAUGCAUAUUUGUCCACUUGGGUUAGUACCUGCAGGCUUCAUUCAUGUAUACAUAAACUCAGCUCUGACUAAGUUCUAGAAAUGUCUGUCGGUGAAACUAUGGAAACUGUGUCUAGACUAGAUAGUCUAAGGUCUGUGCUGAGCACAAAUCCAAUAUGGUGAUCAUAACUGUGACCAGACAUUGAAGAACAUUUUGGGAGCAAAGUUUAAAAAACUCUACCACUAAUGUAAUAAGGAAUAGAUGAGAUAAUGAUUUUUCAGCAUCUCCUUGGUAGUUUUUUCAACAA